AUGGCCGUUCUGACCUACGACCUUUUCAUGGUGCCCGCCUCUGUGUUUCACUUUGAGAAGUCCACGCAAGAGUCGAUGCGCGUCCUGCAGAUAAUGUGCACCAUAUAUUGGCUGUCGGACAUCCCGGCCACCUUUUUCACGGCCGUCUACGCGAACAACACGUUGCUGACGCAGCGCUGGGACAUUGCCAAGGAGUACCUUCAGACGUGGUUCGCCUUCGACAUCUUCGUCUUGAUUCCGGACAUGUAUUCCAUAGCGACCUACACAGACGAUGUGUCCGCGGAGGCCGCGGACGGCGUGGGCGUUGUGCGUGCCCUUCGCGCGGGAAGACUGCUGCGGCUCCUGCGCUUCCUGCGACUCCUCCGCCUGUUCAAGCUGAUGAAAGUCCUACGCAAGCUGAUCGAGCAAGUGAAUAACGCCAUCAUCCUACUGGCUCUACGCAUCAUCAAGUACGGAUUCAUGACAAUCUACUUGGCACAUGUGCUGGCAUGCCUAUGGUUUGCAAUCGGCGAUGUUGACAGAGGUUGGGUCUCCCUCGCAGGACGCGAGCACCUCGAGCGGCCGAUGGCGCACCGACUUGGCGAGAGCGGGCAUCGUCAGUCCUUUCAUGGUAGCAUCACAAACACCAUGGCCGACAUCGAGCGGCGGCGGCAGAGGAAGAAGCAGCUCCUGCAGUCGGUACGUGAGUACUGCAGCUCCCACCACAUCUCGGUGACCCAUGCGAUGAGCAUCAAGAGCUACGUGGAGAGGGAGCAUUCGCGGAAGAAGUCGCUCCAGGCGCACCUUGAGCUGCUAGAGACGCUGCCCCAAGAUAUGCUCAGAGAGCUCUUCCAUGAAGCACGAAGCCAGACUCUCCAGCAUCAUGGCUUCUUCGAUGAGAUGGGCCGGCGGGAUCCUCCUAUGGAGAUGGACCUGUGCAACAAGGCGCUUUCGGAGCGUUUCGUCCUUGUUUCGGACAAGAUCUUUAUCCCGGAGCAGGUCGCAGUCAACAUGUAUCUUCUCUCCACAGGCCAGUGCCCAAUGGUGAAGUGCCCAAUUCAAGAGCCCGCGGGCUGCCAGUGUUCUAAACCCCUCCGGACAUACUACGCGGUGACGGUCACGGAUCUGCGGGUCGUCUGUCUCCAUCCAGACAAUGAUGUUUUUGCUCUGGUCAUUCAAGUUCCGCUUCUGUCCGAUUGCAUGGAUCAUCUCAUGUCUUGGCGACGAGACGACUUUCAGGUGGCUUUUGCACGACAGAUGGCUGCUUCACUUCCCAGGACGCUGGCGGUCUGGUGGCGGGUCCGAAGUCGCCUGACACCAGUCUUUACGUUCUCCUGCCGAAUCUUAGACCCGGUUUCGUCAGAGAUCAAGGACAGGGUCGCAAAGGUCUGGAAUACGACAUAUUGGAACAACACCGACGCCUUCCAAGUCUGCGUGGCUUCCUUGACGUUGGCCCUGUGUGGGGAGAAUGUUGACCGCGCAUUCUGGGGAGUGGGAUCUGGAGGUGUCGGGCAGAGUCUACAGACGGCACACUUGCACUUGGAAGAAAUGCACAAGCAAGCCGCUCGUCUUCUCGGCAAGAUCGUCGUCGCCGGGCAGGAGACUGUGCAAGGAGCUCGCAAGUCCAUGCGAGAAGACAUUUACAAAAAGCACAUCUCCGCAGACAAGGUGCCAGAACGACUUCCGUACGCCGUUGACGCAGCCCUCGUGGCACUGCGUGGAUGGAAGCGUUUCGAGAUGAAUGCGUAUCCCAGGCUUCUCGUCAAACCGGCUUUCCAUCUCUGUGUGUUUCUCUGCCUCUCUGGCACUCUUUUCAGCUUCAUGUCUUUUGUUCCUUCCCUGGUUCCUCGUCCCUGGAAGUUCGUCAGCGUGACGGAACCUGCCAUCCAUUUCCGCAGGACCGUCGCGUGCCGCCUGACGUGUCUUGCUGUCCGCGCGAGCUGUGCUCUAGCCGUGGAGGAAACAGGUACUGUAGAUCCCUUGGAGAAGGUUUUGCAAGCUUCAGAGCCACCGCCGCCCGUGAAUAAGGUGCAACGUGCGAAGGAAGCGCGUGCGCGCGAGCAAAAUCAGAACGUGAAGGAAAUCAAGGAGUGGCUUCUGCAAGAACGCAAGGACAUCUUCACUGCGGCCCAAAUGCGAGCAGUCAAAGGAUGCGUUUCUUUCAGCUUCAGCCGGAGGGAUGCAGGAGACAUCCUCGAAAAGCUCGCUGCGGAUGGGCGGUUCCUCUCUAUUCCUCUCCGAGUACGACACCGGUCGCGUGUGAAAAGCAUGGGUCUCGAGUCCUCUCGGACGCUGAACCUCAAGACACUUGCCAAGCGUUACAACCAACAAAGGCAAGGCGGCAAGAAGCGAGGAGCCCCCAAGAGAAAGCUGACACAAAACGGUAGCGACGUGAAGCUUGGUGAGGACUUGGCACGCCUGGCGGAUCAGGAAGGUGAGUUCGAGGAAAGCAAGACCUUGGCAGAAGCAGGAGAAGUAGAUGAAGACGGGUUGGUGACUGUGCAAAGGCAGUACUUCUAUCCCUGA